CCCCUUUUUUACCUGUAUAUAUAAAUAUAAAUAUAAAAAGAAUGCCUUCCAUCUUCUCCAGUAGUAGUAGUAGUAAGAAAGGAUAUCUUGAAGAUACCUUAACAAAGAAAGCCCGCACAAGCAUCAGUCAUUUCUUUCCCGGGCUAAAACGAAAACGUUCGUAUCACCUCGAAGAGGAAGAAGAAGAAGAUCAAGAAAUCGUUACACCUACCAAGAAAAAGAAGAAGAUAAACACCAUGACACGCUUGUUCCAAAAGAUCGCCAUCCUUAAAUCAGCUACUAAAAAGAAAAGAAAACAACAAAAAGAAGAGAAAGAGGAAGAAGAGGAAGAGGAGCCAUCGUGGUACCAACCUAUCGAAUUCACAUUACCCACCAUCCAAUGCACACAAGGUUGUUUGGGUAUCCCUCCUCGGCUGAAGGAAGAAGAAUCUUCUAUUUUCGACACAAAAGAAGGUCUGGUGAUGAAAUUCCCUAGUCCACCUCCAUCACCGCCACCCACAAGACCGUCUCGAAGAAGACAGGAUUCAUGUCCUGCUAGGUUCCUUUCCAUCCUUCUCAUGGAUUCACCUUCUUCCUCAGACGAUGAGGAAGAAGACUUGCUGUUAACUCCCAGUGAAUCAGAAACAAACAUAUUAAUUGACAAAGCGAAGCGUCUCACAUUGUCGUAGGCGGCGGUGGUGGUGGUUAAAUUAGAAACGCACAGAAAAAUUAUUAUUACUUUGACACAUGUAAAUUUUUAAAAAAAAAGUAAAUAAAAACCCAC